AUGACUGCACAGUUGGUGCGGUGGCUGGGCAACUGGCUGCCGUGCAACGUGUCGCGGGUCGGCAAACGAGACGACAGAUUACCGGAUGGUAAGCAAUCAGCGCCACCCAUGAACACUCGCAACGGAGGAGUUACGAGUGCGUUGCCGACCUUUCAGGGAUUAGAGAUUGAGGAGGGAUUGGGGGAAGGAUUGGGCCUCCGGACGGCAAACGAGCAGCCGUAUUACCUGAUGGUCGCGGUGCCUCAUUGCGCUUGCCCCGCAACCCCGGCUGAACAUCAGCCCUAUAGGGCCCCGUCUGUGGUAGUCUACUGGCUCUUUGAGGUGCGCGCGGACCGCGGACUGGACCUUGAAGACACCCAGGUCGGCAAACGAGCAGACGGAUUACCGGAUGGUAAGCAAUCAGCGCCGCCCAUGGACACCCGCAACGGAGGAGUUACGAUUGAAAUACCACAUAUAUGGGACCCUUCCAGAGCUAUUCUUCGGGCCGAAUGGGUCGGCUCGCCCGGAGUGAUACCACGGCCUCACAGAAAACAGGCGUGA